UAAAAAAGAUCUCUCUUUCGGUAUCUCUCUCCCUGCUCAGUCUUCAGCACUCCGUGUGACCUGUCCACAUUCGCGAACAAAAUCUCCGGAGCCCAAACAGCGGACGGAAUCACUCCCAAAGCUCCCUCCCUCCUCUCUCCGGAGUCCAAGUAUCCAGAGAGAGGGUCUCUGCCCCAGCAUCCUCCGCCCCCGUCCCCUCUCCGGCGCCACGAUGUCGGCGUGGGCCGCCGACGCGGCGCUCCUCCUCGCCUCCCCAUCCCCGGCCUCCUCCCGCUCCCUCGUCAGGCCGCGCUCCAGCCGCCUCUGCAAGGGCUUCCCAUGUACCAGUCGUUCCAAAGCGGGAUUCCAGAUUAGUAAUUACCGAACAAGCAUCUUAAAGGUUAAAGCAAAAAUGGAUUCUGGUGAUGGCGAGACACAACUUGCUCCGCUUAAAUUUGAAACUCCAAGUGGCCAACUUCUGGUUCAGAUACUGCAAUCACACCCUCACUUAAUCCCUGUAACAGUUGACCAGCAACUUGAGAACCUGCAAUCAGAGAAAGAUGCCCAAAAUGAAGAAGCCGCAAAAGUUCCCCAGGACCUCCUGUACAAGAGAAUUGCAGAAGUCAAAGAGAAGGAAAGGCAGACAACCUUGGAAGAGAUCAUCUACUGCUGGAUUUUGUUUAAGUUCGUGGAAAAUGACAUAUCAAUGACACCUUCAUUAUCAUCAUCAAGUGGCCCUGUGCGUGACAUCUCGUUACCUAACCAAGAGUAUAAGCUGCAAAGCAUACACUCCCAAGAUGCCCUUGAGAUGAUACAGAACCAUCUUAAUCUUAUCAUGGGAGAACAGGCAGCAGCACCCCUAGAUACUGUUGUCGAAAUCAGCAACUUAAAUCUUGGAAAGCUCUAUGCAGCAUCCAUCAUGUAUGGCUACUUCCUUAAGAGGGUGGAUGAGCGGUUCCAACUCGAGAAAACUAUGAAGACACUCCCACCAAGCCCCAAGGAACAGAUAGUAAUGGAAAGAGACCUGAAGCCGAAUCCAUUCUGGGAUAUGGAAUCCUUGGUGCAGAUUUCACCUGAUGGGGAAGAGGUUGAUUUGGAUGAUGAGGAAUCAAAUCCAAACAAGUUGAGGUCUUAUGUUUCGCGCUUGGACGCUGAUACGUUGCAAAAAUAUGCUACUAUUAGAUCCAAGGAAUCAGUUUCACUUAUAGAGAAGCAAACACAGGCUCUGUUUGGUCGGCCAGAUAUUAAAGUGUUGGACGAUGGCUCUGUUAAUGCAAAAGAUGGUAAAAUCGUAACAAUCACGUUCACAGAGCUCACAAACCUUGUUUUGGAGGCAGCUGGUUUUGGAGCCUUCCUGUGGGAAGCCGAGAGUCAUAUAGAAUCUAAAUACCAUUUUGUUAACAGUUGAUUGUACAUUUGUUCAUUUGGAAAUGGUCCCUGCAUUUGAUAGAUAAGUACUCACCCUUGAUAUGCUUUUCGGUAACGCCCUUUUAAUAUAAAUCAAGUAAUCAUUUUUUUUUGGUUACUAAAGACCCCCUCGCAGUUUUGCGGUGCUCAUCAAAAGGAGGCGUCCAAGUUAAAUUGUCAAGCCAAUGAAAAGCUUUCUACAAGUUGCCAGAGGUUUUGUUGUAACUUGACGAUUGCUUUCUCCUCCUUGAUACUCAUUAUACCAGUCUGUAAAUUUAACUCAGAGGCUAGCUCUCAUGAACUAGCUCUAACACACAGCUUGUUUUGCGUCA